CAUAUUUCUCUCUCUCUCUCUUCCAAAUCCCUAACCCUCUCUUCUUUUUUUGUAUAAAAGCUUCAACCAGACGAGCUUGGGAGAGAAACUAGAGCGAGAAAAAGCACUGAAACUCUCUUAAAUUUCUUAGUCUUCGUCGUAUUCGUCUUCAUCCUUUCAAGGACUUCCGAUCUGACUUGCCAAAUCUCGCGGAGAUCGUGUCGAGGUUCUUGUUUCCAAAAUUGAAGACAUAAAUAUGUCUUCGCUUAGCAGAGAGCUUGUGUUUCUCAUACUCCAGUUUCUGGACGAGGAGAAAUUCAAGGAGACGGUUCAUAAGUUGGAGCAAGAGUCGGGGUUUUUCUUCAACAUGAGAUAUUUUGAGGAUAUGGUUACGAAUGGCGAGUGGGAAGAGGUGGAGAAGUAUCUAUCUGGUUUUACGAAGGUUGAUGAUAAUAGAUACUCCAUGAAGAUAUUUUUUGAAAUACGGAAGCAGAAGUACCUUGAAGCUUUGGACAAGCGGGAUAGAGCAAAAGCUGUGGAUAUUCUAGUUAAGGAUUUGAAAGUGUUUUCGGCAUUUAAUGAAGAGCUUUUCAAGGAAAUUACACAGUUAUUGACUUUGGAUAACUUCAGAGAUAAUGAGCAGUUAUCGAAGUAUGGAGACACUAAGUCUGCUAGGGGUAUAAUGCUUGCUGAAUUGAAAAAAUUGAUUGAAGCCAAUCCACUUUUUCGUGAUAAGCUUCAAUUUCCAACCUUGAAGAACUCGAGAUUACGGACUUUAAUUAAUCAGAGUUUAAAUUGGCAGCACCAGCUCUGUAAGAAUCCAAGGCCAAACCCUGACAUAAAGACCUUAUUUGUAGACCAUAGUUGUGGACAACCUAAUGGUGCCAGGGCUCCAUCUCCUGUGACCAAUCCUUUAAUGGGGGCCGUUCCGAAGGCUGCAGCCUUUCCUCCCUUGAGUGCUCAUGGUCCAUUUCAGCCAACACCAGCUGCUCUUCCUACUUCUUUAGCUGGAUGGAUGGCAAAUCCAUCCCCUGUGCCUCAUCCGGCAGCUUCUGCCGGUGCUAUUGGUCUCAAUGCAGCUAAUAAUGCGGCAGCUAUUUUAAAGCGACCUAGAACUCCUCCUACCAAUAACCCAACUAUGGACUAUCAAACAGCUGAUUCUGAACAUGUGUUGAAGCGAGCAAGACCAUUUGGAUUAUCUGAAGAGGUUAAUAAUUUACCGGUAAACAUUCUUCCUGUUGGAUACGCCAACCAAGUUCAUGGGCAGAGCUCCUAUUCCUCUGAUGACUUGCCUAAGAAUGUUGUUACGACCUUGAGUCAAGGUUCAGUUGUCAAGAGUAUGGAUUUCCAUCCACAACAACAAACUAUACUACUUGUUGGAACGAAUGUGGGUGAUGUCAUGAUCUGGGAGGUUGGUGGCCGUGAAAGGAUUGCUAUUAGAAAUUUUAAAGUUUGGGAUCUUUCAGCAUGUUCAGUGCCUCUACAGGCAUCGUUGGCCAGUGAUUAUACAGCAUCAAUCAAUCGUGUAAUGUGGAGCCCUGAUGGAACUCUUUUUGGUGUUGCAUAUUCGAAGCAUAUUGUGCACAUAUAUUCCUAUCAGGCUGGUGAUGAAUUAAGAAACCACUUAGAGAUUGAGGCUCAUGUUGGCAGUGUCAAUGAUCUUGCCUUUUCAUAUCCAAACAAGCAGCUAUGCUUGGUUACCUGUGGGGAAGAUAGGGUUAUUAAGGUGUGGGAUGCAGUCACUGGAGUUAAGCAGUUUACUUUUGAGGGUCAUGAUGCACCUGUGUAUUCUAUAUGUCCACAUCACAAGGAGAACAUUCAGUUUAUCUUCUCAACAGCAGCUGAUGGAAAAAUAAAGGCAUGGUUAUAUGAUAACAUGGGCUCAAGAGUUGACUAUGAUGCACCAGGCCACUCAUCUACUACAAUGGCAUAUAGUGCUGAUGGAACAAGGUUGUUUUCUUGUGGGACAAAUAAGGAAGGAGAAUCGUACUUGGUUGAGUGGAAUGAAAGUGAAGGAGCUGUAAAGCGUACAUAUCAAGGUCUUGGCAAGCGAUCAGUGGGUGUUGUCCAAUUUGAUACCACCAAAAAUCGUUUCUUGGCUGCUGGUGAUGAUUUCUCUGUUAAAUUCUGGGAUAUGGAUAGUGUAAAUCUUUUAACAAGUAUUGAUGCAGAUGGUGGAUUGCCGGCAUCCCCCUGUAUAAGAUUUAACAAGGAUGGGGUACUAUUGGCUGUUUCAACCAAUGAUAAUGGUAUCAAGAUUCUAGCGAAUGCAGAGGGAAUUAGGAUGCUCCGAACAGUUGAAAAUCGUACAUUCGAUGCUUCUAGAGUUGCUUCUGCUGCUGUUGUGAAGGCUCCACCAGUAGGUUCAUUUGGCCCUACUACUGUGACUGUUGGUAUGAGCAUUGGAGAUCGGACUGCCCCUGUUGCAGCCAUGGUUGGAAUUAACAAUGAUAGUCGAAGUUUGGCUGAUGUAAAACCCAGAAUUGCUGAUGAAUCAGUGGAUAAAUCUAGGAUCUGGAAACUUACAGAAAUCAACGAACCAACUCAAUGUCGUUCCUUAAGGCUUCCCGAUAAUCUAACAGCUUCAAGGGUUUCUAGGUUGAUUUAUACAAAUUCAGGCCUUGCAAUAUUGGCAUUAGCUUCUAAUGCUGUACAUAAAUUAUGGAGAUGGCAGAGAAAUGAUCGAAAUGUGACAGUGAAGGCCACUGCUAGCGUAGCACCACAGUUAUGGCAACCACCGAGUGGAAUAUUGAUGACCAACGAUAUAAGUGAUACAAAUCCAGAAGAUGCUGUCCCAUGCUUCGCACUUUCAAAGAAUGACUCUUAUGUUAUGUCUGCCUCAGGGGGGAAAAUAUCCCUAUUCAAUAUGAUGACGUUUAAGACAAUGACAACAUUCAUGCCCCCACCACCAGCAGCAACAUUUUUGGCAUUCCAUCCCCAGGAUAACAAUAUUAUUGCUAUAGGCAUGGAGGACUCUUCAAUUCAGAUUUAUAAUGUUCGAGUUGACGAGGUGAAAACCAAGUUAAAAGGUCACCAGAAAAGAAUAACUGGGCUCGCCUUCUCGAAUCAACUAAAUGUUCUUGUAUCUUCGGGAGCUGACUCUCAGCUGUGCGUCUGGAGCGCUGAUGGAUGGGAGAAACAGGUCAACAAAUUCUUACAGAUUCCAAGCAGUCGAACGACUGCUCCUCUCGCAGAUACGCGUGUUCAAUUUCACAUAGACCAGAUACACUUGUUGGCCAUUCAUGAAACUCAGAUAGCUAUAUACGAAGCACCAAAAUUGGAAUGCCUUAAGCAGUGGCUCCCACGAGAAGCCAGUGGUCCAAUCACACAUGCCACUUUUUCUUGUGAUAGUCAGUCAAUCUAUGUCAGUUUUGAAGAUGGAAGCGUAGGUGUUCUUACUGCUUCGACUCUUCGAUUAAGAUGUCGAAUAAAUCCGAACGCUUACUUGCCUCCGAAUCCAAGCUUGAGGGUACAUCCUUUGGUUAUCGCCGCACAUCCAUCCGAACCCAACCAGUUUGCAUUGGGACUGUCAGAUGGUGGUGUCCACGUACUCGAACCAUCAGAGUCGGAAGGUAAAUGGGGGACGUCUCCUCCAGUUGAAAAUGGUGCCGGGCCAAGCACUGCUUCGGGUGCUGCAGGUCCCGAUCAACCUCAACGGUGAUGUCGACCAUAGGAGAUGUUUGUGAUUAGAACGGAAGGCAAAUUGCCGUAUUAGAUUAUGUAGAUGUAGGAUACCUGAAUCAAACAUGCUGGCAGCUUGUCGCAUGUGGCAUUGUAGCAAACCGUGGUGUUGUGCAGUUGGUUCUCGUCCACGAAGACUCAGAGAUGACAAGCAAGACGGCAUUGUAGGGGCGGACACAAGACGUGAAGGAAGGUUGAUGAUGGCUGACAAUCGAAGAAAUCGAUUUUUGUUGUAUCAACUGUGCUGUCGUGAGAUUCAUAAUUUCGCAAUAGUUAAUUUUUUCAUUAAUUUUUUUUUCUUUUUAUUUUUGUUCUCUAGUCUUUUGUGAGAAAUAUGAGUAGAUAACAAUCUGAUGUUAAUUUUUCUGAGGGUUUCAAUUUCUCUAUAGCAUCGAUUUCCACUGGCUAAUUUGACCAUCUGUUUGUACAUUAACAUUUAUAUCUUCUCUUCAUUUUCAAAUUACUUUGUCCGUCA